AUGGGGUUAUCAUAGUUAACUCAGACAUUCGAGUUUGCAUUCAUCAUGUUCGCUAAGGCCACCAUCCUCCUCGCUGUUCUUGCAGCCGUCAACGCCAGUGUCCUCCUCGGACAUGGUGCUCUGGUCAACACCGGCGUCAGUGCCAGCAGCCGCUCUCAAGAUGCAUUCGGCAACUACGCUUUCGGUUAUGACAUCAAGGACGGACUCGGUGCCACCAACUCCCGAUCUGAAGUAGGCGAUGCCCAUGGAAACAAGAAGGGAUCCUACACCAUUGCCGACAUCGAUGGCCGAGCCCGACGAGUUGACUACGUUGCUGACGGACACGGAUUCCGAGCCGUUGUUAAGACCAACGAACCCGGAACCGCCGCCAGUGCCCCAGCAGCAGCCCUUGUCGCCAGUCCUUACGCUGGACCCGUCGCCCCAGUCGUUAACCACGUAGCCCCUGCAGCUGCCGUUGUUGGACAUGCUGCUUCCUACGCUGCUCCCUUGGCUGUUGCCGCCCCAGCUGUUGCUGCCCCAGUUGCCUAUGGUAAUGUUCUCGGACACGGAGCUGCCAUCGCAGCACCUGUAGCCUAUGGUGGAGUGAUCGGACACAGAGCCGCUAUCGCCGCCCCAGUAGCCUAUGGUGGAGUGAUCGGACACGGUGCCGCUCUCGCCGCCCCAGUAGCCUAUGGAGGAGUUCUUGGACACGGAGCUGCGCUUGGUGUUGGAUAUGGUCAUGGAUAUGGCAAGGCCCUCUACCAUUAAACAAAUGAAAUGAAAAAUGGUUUUACCAACUUGUGCCUUUCUUGCUCAACAUGUGUUUCCAAUUGUUUCUCAUGGGCAAUCUUCUUUUUUUCAUGUAUUAAAAGAAGAUUUUGCUGAGAAUUAGGGAUAUCUAUCUUCUUGGGGAAUAUUUGAUGUGAAUGAAUUUCAUGACUUUAUUUAUUUCACUCAAAUUGAUUGUAAAUAAAUACCUUCAAUCAUGUA